AAAGAAAAAGAAUCUAAAAUCAUGGAGAAAACAAGCCGAAGCGAAGUACAAUUUGGCAGUUUGAUCGACCUCAGUCCAGAAGAGCUCGAGUUGGCGUGUGCAUCGACAUGGCAGACGUCAACACCAAAACAACCCGCAAGUGCCGAUAGCGGGAUAGCAAGCCUCACGGCGUCCGUGGAGGAGCUAACGAAGGUGAUCGGCCAACACAAUCGAUCUUUUACAGAAAGAUUCGACGAAAUGGAGGAAAGAAUGGUCCGGCUAGAGAGAUCAAGCGUCCAGAAACGCGAAGCAGUGAAACCUGACAAGGUCAAGUACGUGGCGCUUGAUGACAGGCUGGAGGAGCAAAAUAACGGUGAGCUUUACCAAGCUCUUGAAGAAUUCGAAAACCUGGCCAGCAAAACUCCYAAGAUGGCUAAACCGAAAAUUAAGCCUACGACGUUCGAUGGUAGCACGUCUUGGGAGGACUACCUGGCGCAGUUUUAUCUCAYUGCCGACCUGAACGGUUGGACGGACGAGAUGAAAGCCACGUACYUGGCAGUCAGCCUUUCCGGUCCAGCUAGGGAGGUGUUGGGGGACCUAACGGCAAAGCAACAAARGAGCCUCAAGGAGCUGACGGAGGCCCUGUCAACGAGGUUUGGCAACAAUAACCGAACAGAAAUGUUCCGGGCGGGACUUAAAUCUCGCACAAGACGAAAAAACGAGUCACUCCCUGAACUGGCCCAGGCGAUUAGAAGGCUGACAAGGAAUGCCUAUCCCCAGGCCCCGACGGAGCUGAGAGAAGUGCUGGCGAAGGAUGCCUUCGUGGACGCCUUGGAAGACACCGACACCAAAUGGAAAAUUAAACAGUCACGCCCAAGUACCUUAAACGAGGCUCUGGAUAUAGCGGUGGAGCUGGAGGCCUUCCACGUGGCGAACAGACAGAGAAAUGGACCGCAAUUAAGAUCAGUUCAAACUGAAAGCAAGACCGUGGCGGACCUGACGGAUGAAGUGGCGACUCUAAAAGUCCAAUUAAAGAAGCUGCAACCUCCAGAACCCCGGCGACAAGAAGGUUGUUUUAGCUGUGGCGCAAUGGACCACUUCCGAAGAGAUUGCCCGCUGAAUUCCGCACAACCGGGAGAUAAAACUGGAAAACCGCAGAGCCAAAAAGCCAAAUACCAGCAGACAAGCCAGAGGCCUCAACCGAGGCCCAGACAGCGGCUACCUGCCAACCAACAACAGGCGGGAAACGCCAACCUGCCGGGCCCUCGGGCGUAAGCCUGGCAGGAUCAGCAACGCC